UGUCACGCUUUGCCAGAACCGAACGACGGCGAGGCUGUGUGGCAGAUGGCGUGAGCGACCGUUCUCCGAAGGCGCUUAGCAUCAACCUGAUCGGCCCGUGGCAUGCUCGGAAUGUGUGCCAGACGCUGCGGUGGAGCCUCGUAAAACAACCAUCAUGCCGUGGCGUUCUGCGUCCAUGCAAAUCCCACCCAGUAAUUCAUCGAUCAGGGGAACAUCAUGGCAAGCAAAUCCGGGGCGGAAGCUCCCAGCAUCGGCGUCCAUCCGAGUGUUUUGUUUCUUCGGCAAAACCCAUGUUCGUCGCAAUACAUUGGUAGCGUGCAUUGGUCAUUGUCGAAGCGUGGUUGCGAGCUGGGAGCUUGACCUCGCUUCGCGCGGGAUGCAUGAAUCGCUUGACGCAUCACGGGACUCAAUUGCACUCACGUUCAGGAUACACUGCAACCACCAUUAUGCUAGGGUUCGAUCUCUCAAUCUCCACAAGGGGAUGAGUUCCACGGACUCGGUUACAUUGAGAGUGAAUCUGUAGAUGCGUGGAUGCUUGCAAUAUCUGACGCCUAUCUCGUUCCCCCAACGUUAAGGUUUCUGUACUGCUGUCGCCUCGGUCUUGGCAAAGCUUUCUCAUCUUCCUUUACAACCACCA